AUGUCCCCUCUUUUCUCCAUUUGCUAUGCCUUAUUACUUGGCUUAGCCAUUUCGGGUUUUACUUUUUCAUCCGCUGAUUGCUACAAAAUCUUGCAUACAGGCCGCCGGCCUUUUGAAGACUUGUGUCCUUUGAACUUUUAUUUUCUUAGGAAACUGAUCGCUCAAGGUGCUCUUGAGCCUACAUUUCCUGACAUGCAAACAAAAUGUCACUACAUUCUUCAGGGGAUCCGCCUAGUUCGAUCCGAGUAUCUUCGGACCGAUUCAAGCUUUCUUCUUCCUCCUAAUGUUUCCAAGGAAUGCUGGCAAUCGUACCGGAGCUUAGUUGGCGAGUUUUUAGAUGGUUUUGAUAUCCAAACUGCUUGUGGGUAUCAUCCGGAAUGGAUUUCGAGGGGCUGCUUGAACAUUAAAUCUCAAGCAGAGUUUGAGAGCCUAAUUCCUGUAUCCAAAUUGCAGGAAAUUGGACGUUACUGUAACCAGUCUCUGGUGAGUAGUUCUGCUUGUGAAUUGUGUUCCAAGAUUUUGUCGAGUCUUGGUGAUUCAUACCUGCAUGGUCCUGAUAAUGGAAAUGUCUCGGAUUGCACUGGAUAUCCAUUUAUGUAUGCAGCUGCUGUGGUUAGUGAGUUGGGACCAACAGACAAAACAACUGCGAAGUGUUUGUUCUCGUUCUCGCUCGAACUUCCAUUAAUGCAGCCUUCCAACAUUAAACGGCAUACCCUUGUACUUUCCGGUGCUCUUGCUGGUUGUCUUUUAGGGUUCUUUGGGGCCUCUUCCGCAGUCUUGUUUCUUUGGUUGAGAAGAAAAAAAAGUGAGAGAGAGAAGAAGAAUAUCUCCAAAGAUGAGACCGGUAUAAUUAUGGGGUUGGGAUCGAUCAAUGGAAGUACCAGCUUUGUCAAAUUCGAAUAUGAAGACGUUAAAAAGGCUACCAUGAACUUUUAUAGGGAGAAUCUAAUUGGGAAGGGAGGAUAUGGGAAUGUUUAUAAGGGGAUACUGCCUGAUGGAUCCCAAGUUGCUUUCAAAAGAUUCAAGAACUGUUCUGCUGCUGGGGUUGCAACUUUUGCACAUGAGGUAGAGGUAAUUGCAAGUGUUAGGCAUGUUAAUCUUGUUUCUUUAAGAGGCUAUUGUACCAAGAUGGUUCCUUUGGAAGGUCAUCAGAGAAUAAUUGUUUGUGACUUCAUGCCUAAUGGAAGCCUUUAUGACCAUCUCUUUGGAUCAGAAAUGAAGAAGCUUAGCUGGCCAAUUCGUCAGAAGAUUGCCCUUGGAACAGCCCGGGGAUUGGCCUAUUUACAUUAUGGAGCCCAGCCUGCGAUCAUCCACAGGGAUAUUAAGGCAAGUAACAUACUUUUGGAAAAGAUGUUCGAGCCAAAAUUAGCAGACUUUGGGCUUGCGAGGUAUAAUGCAGAGGGAACGACACAUUUGAACACAAGGGUGGCUGGGACUCUCGGUUAUGUUGCCCCAGAGUAUGCUAUGUAUGGGAUGUUAACUGAAAGGAGUGAUGUUUACAGCUUUGGGGUUGUGCUCCUUGAGCUUCUGAGUGGUAAAAAAGCACUUGAAAUAGAAGAGGUUGGGAAGACUUCGCUUCUGACAGACUGGGCUUGGUCCUUGAUGCAGAAAGGGAGAGCGGUGGAUGUCAUUGAAGAAGGGAUGCCAGAAUGUGAGUCACGCCAAUUGAUGGAGCAACAUGUUGUCGUAGCAGUUCUUUGCUGUCAUCCAAUAUUACAUGCAAGACCGACAAUGGACCAGGUUGUGAAGAUGUUGGAAACCGAUCCCUGCAAUUCGAGUGUAUGCCACCUCUUCUAG